UGACCCCCCCUCUCCCAAUACCCCAAUAGAACAGAAAAAGGAAAAAAAAAGAUGUCUUUAGUUACAGAAGAGCUCAGGGCAAAGGCGCAGAUAUACCAUGGAGAUUCACUCGGCCAAGAAAAAUGCCAGUUUCUUCUCAAAGAGGUUGGCCUUCCCAAUGGUCUCCUUCCCCUUAAAGACAUCAUAGAAUGCGGCCAUAUAGAAGAAACUGGAUUUGUGUGGCUCAAACAAAGGAAGAAGAUAGAGCAUACCUUCAGGAAAAUAGGCAGGCUUGUGAGCUAUGCCCCUGAAAUCACUGCUUAUGUUGAGCAACAUAGGAUCAAAAAGCUCACAGGAGUGAAGGCUAAGGAGCUCUUCAUCUGGCUUACUCUCACAGAUAUCUCGGCUGAUGGAGCAGAAGAAGAGAAUUAUUCUGCAGGUAAGGGGAAGAUAACCUUUCACAGCUCCUCUGGUCUUUACAGAACUUUUCCUGCAUCAGCUUUUGUGAUUGAGGAAGAUGAGCAGAAGAAGAAGUCGGAGGCGGAGAAGAAGGGGGACAACGAAGGGAAGAAGGAGGCGGAGGAGGUGGAGAAUGAAGAGAAGGCUUAAAUUUUUGGUAAAUGAUGCUUUGUUGCUUUCUUCUCUUAAAAAACUCUAUUUUGGAUCAAAAAAUAUGAAUAAGACACUGGCCAGUUCUAAUUCUGUUCAUGGAU